UCACGCAUGGAUGUAUUAUUUAACCCUCACGUCGGUCUCGGGUCCGAGCGCGAUGCUCGUGCUCGUCCUGGUCCUGGUCCUGGUUCUGCUGUCGGAGUCGGUCCCGGUCCAGAGCGGCCGCAAAACGCCUUUCCUCAUCACCGAGAACAUGUGGCUUCGCGGCUGCGUCCUGGACUGCCAGAGGGGGCGCCACCGAGCUGUUUGUGGCAGCAACGGCCGCCUGUAUAAGUCGCUGUGCGCCUUCCAGAGGGCGCAGUGCAUCAACACGCUGCUCCGCCUCGCUCCACGGGCGCACUGCGCAGAUCCGACGCUCACAAAGUGCCAGCUGGCCAGAGCUCAGGGCCUGGAGGCCAGAGCGCGCAGCAGCGGCAGCGUCUUCGUGCCCGAGUGCAGCCCCGAGGGAAACUUCCUGCCGUUGCAGUGCCACAGCCAGGCGGGAUACUGCUGGUGCUCCACGCCCGACGGCAAACCCGUCAGCAGCACCACCGUCCUCCAGGGGAUCCCCAACUGCACCGAUCCCGUCCCACCGCUGUCUCAGGCCACAGACGCAGACUCAGUUCUGUUGAAAGAUGCAGCAGGUGACCCCGCCCCGACAUCUGACCCCAGAAAGCCUGCAGAACUGACGGCUCCGGCCUUCUGGGUCACCAUCCUGAUCAACUCCGAGUCCAGAGGGAACCGCUCAGGCCGACAACCCACCGAGAGCCCUCAGACAUGUGAGCGCGAGCGAGCGUCGCUGCCGUCCCAGGCGGGGAAGGACGACCGCUUCGUCCCAGAAUGCACUGCAGACGGCCGCUACAACCCCGUCCAGUGCCACACGGCCACGGGUUACUGCUGGUGCGUGAGGGUGGACAGCGGCCGGCCGCUACCGGGCAGCGCCGCGCGAAAUCGUAUCCCAGACUGCACCGGGGCAGCUGUCGCUCAGACGAACCGGGGACACUGGGAGAAACCUUUACCUGGAUGUCCCGGAGCUCAGAAGAAACAGUUCCUGCAGAGUCUGAUCAGAGCUCUGCAGCUGGAAGCCGAGCAUGCUGGGAGUCCGAGUAUUAACCAAACUUCGCCCCCCCCUCCGUCCACCUCUCCCUGGCCGUCAUCUAUCCCUCCGUUCCCUACUGCAGCGUCCACAGCGUCCUCCUCGUACUCCUCGUCCUCCUCCUCGUCCCCCCUGAGUGUCCCGGCCUCCACCGCCCCCCCGGUGGCUGCAGAGCCCUCCGGGCCGGAGACGGCCCUGCGAUGGCACUUCGCCCGGCUGGACGUGGACUCCAGCGGCGUGCUCAGCGAGCGCGAGGGCCGGCCGCUCCGCCAGUUCGUGCGGCAGCGGCUGAAGCCGCGGCGGUGCGCCAAGAAGUUUGCUCAGUACUGUGACCAGGACGGAGACCGCAGCCUGACGCUGGCGGAGCUGGAGCUCUGCCUGGGCCUCUGAGGCCAGUGUUCACAUUCAUGAUCCAGGGUGGAACCAUGCAGACAGAUCUUCUCCCGCCUCUCCAUCCAGAUGAAAUCCUGACUCCGUGAGCUCCCUCUUCUGCCACGGACCAGGAAGCCCCACAGAAGCUGUGACUUCACCUCCUCGUCAGCUCAUCCCCGCUGGGGCGGUGGCGUGGUCACAUGGUGCAGACGCCACUGCCCAGGUGCAUCAUGGGUAGCUCUGCCAGGUCCGUCACUGUAACACGACCGACCUCUCUGGACUUGGAUGGCGCCUGGAAAACGCUUUUUUAGUGAAGUCGUCCUUCUUCUGUCGUUGCAGCUUCACCGAAGCCUCCCAGAAGAAACUUUGACUCUUUCCUUCCCUCGUUUGUUCCUCUGCUUGUCUUUCGUAACACUCCUCCUUUCAUCCCUUAUUUCACUUUACUUCCUUACUAUCAUAUCAAAAUAAGCUUGUUUUCAUACGAAUUCUGACUGUUUUCCCUUUGAAAUACUUAUUGUGUGUGUUUUGUGUUCGUCCAAGUGGUUUCCAGGUUUUCCUGAUUUGAAUAAA